AUGAUCAACAAUUUGAACUUAUCGCUUAAAAUCAAUAACAAAGCUCCAGAUAUGGAUUCUCGCCCGUUUACGCCCAUUGACGCAACGGUAAGGACACCUUUGGAACCACCACCACACAAUUUGCCACACCACGGGUCGCAGUUAUCCCUGCAACCCAUGCAAGCAUCAAACAGUUCGUCGCCGUUUUACUUUACCAAUAAUCCUUGGGUCGAACAACAACAGCAGCAACACCAGCAAAUUUACCAAAAUCCCGAGUAUACUGAGUCGGAUGACAUUUUGACCGAUAUUGACGAGCCUAAUGACUUUGGUCGUCGCAACUACACCAUAUAUUUCACGCAACAUUUUGACCAGUUGUUGAUGUCGAUAUACUCGAAUAUCUUGUUGUUGCCUACAACCACUCCAUUCCUGGGUCAUAUACCACCAAGUGGAUUAGCUGGGAGAGUUGCCAAUGAAAUAAUGUCAAACUUGAUCAAGACCUUGAAUGGAAACGGACAACCACCAAUGUAUGACCAACAGAGUAUAAUUAAUCGCGAAUACCUCAAGAAUCACGAAUACCAACCAAUCAUUUUACAAUUGAUAAGAAAGAGAUUGAUGGAUCUUUGUCAUUACAAUCACAACUCCGCCCAGUUUAAGUUGCCCGAGGCCACCACGACUCAAGUUGCCGCCAACACGUUGAGACAUUCGCUGAUUUCAAAUCUUUCCCUCAAUGAAAUGAAUAUCCUGACUUAUUCAAAUGGAAAUGGAAGCAAUUCAAGUUCGGCCAAUCCAGUUCAACCUCCAAGAUCAAGAUCUUCUUCGUUAAAUUUGAGAAAACAGUCAUUAACUAGAAAUAAUAGUAAUAACUGGUUACAUGUGGGUAAUAUGAACAAUUUGCGUCCUCCACAGGCACCACAACAAGGUGGCUACUCCAACUUCAACAUAAGUACCGAUUCAUUACAGUCUAUACAGGAUUCAGUACCACAAUCGAUAAUAACGAGAACCACACCCGUAGUCAAUGCAAAUAAUCCGACCUUGCUCAACCAAUUCCAACAGCCAAAUCCGCAAUACGCCAUGAUGAUGGAAUACAACCCUAAUAGUAACCAAAACAGCAAUACCCCACCCCCAUCCCAUAAGUCAUCUUUGUAUACCCCACCACCAUCAGCCACCAACUCCUCGGCCAAUUUCAACUUGCCUCCAGUUAGUGAUCACGAAGAGUUUGAUUAUUUCCCCAGGGCAAGAUCAGGAUCACGGACCAAUGUCCAAUUCCCACAACACACCUUGAACAUCGACACCAAUCUCGCCAAUUUACAGUUGCAACCGCCAUCCAUGCCCGUCAAUGGCAACACGUUCAACUCAUACCGUCAUAACUCCAAUGGAGCAAUAACUUUGGAUUCGCCGUUUAUGUCAGCCACGACACCAGGUGAUGAUUACUAUGGGGGGUUUCCACAGCCACAAGCACAAGCACUUGGAACGAGUCCUUCGCGUGGUGACAGUCCUGAUCUGAUGAAGCUUGGUGAGUCCGCUAGGUUUAAUUUGCCGGCUCUGGUUAGUCUCAAUGAAAAGAAGCGCGAUUCUCUUAAGUUGAAACGAGGAAUCCAUUGA